GGAGCCUAGCCCAGCUGACUUUGGGCAAGAAGCAGGGUAAACCCCGGACUGGUUGCCAGCCAAUUGCAGGGCGGGUUCAAAACAUUGUUAAAGGCCUGACAACACUUUGCCAAAUCAGACCCUAACACCUUACCUGCCCCUGUCUGGUAAGAUUGACACAAACACUCAAAAGCAACAGGUCAAUAGUUUCGGACAGAGGCUCAAACAGACAUAAGUAUUUUAUACCGCUCCACACAGGUCUAGCCACCCCGAGGAAACAAAAAGAAAUGUUUCCCACUGUUAAUAUUCCUCUGCUGGAUUUUCACCCAGAAUUCAAUAGAACAACCAUCACAAACAUUGCAGUUAAAACAGAUUCAAGUAUUUCUGUGGGAGGCUGUGAGGCCUCUGCUGGCAGCCGCUUAAUGCGAUAUGUGCCCGUAAGAUGAAGUCACAAACAUCGUAACUGUAGUUGACUCCCACUCACCAGGCAGCACAGACAGGGCAUUAUGUGGAAGUACCAGCUGGUACCACAGGCUCCUCAUCCUCCCUGUGUCUUCAUCUGUUGGUGCCGCACAAAUCAGGACAUGGAUCAAAAAUGGAAAAGCAAACCUGUGAUUGUCAUCUUCAGAUGCAUCAUCACCAUUUGCUUUUUAAUGUUUGCUUCUGCUCAAAGACUUUGCACAGUGCCUGCUGGGCCUGUGCCUGUCCCUGAGAACAGCACUGCUGACCUCCAGGUGGUUAAAAUAAGCUCUGGCAGUGAUGUAACACUGACUGUUGUGGUGAACCCUGAAGAAAUGUUUUACCUGAAAGGCAAAACCCUGAUGGUGAAGAAAGAACUGGACUAUGAGGCUUUACCCAAGAGAGCAGCUCUGGUGGUUUGGGUACAAUGCAGCAGAGCAGGCUCCAAAUCUGUCAAUGAGUCCGUCGAAGUAUUGGUGGAAAAUGUAAACGACAACCCCCCAAACUUUGCUCAGAAUAACUACAUUCUGGAAGUAAAUGAGCUGACUCCAGUGAAUUCCAGUGUGGGACUAAUAGAAGCUACUGAUGCUGAUUCUGAACCACUAUUUUAUCGCUUGGAGUCUGCCAUGGAUAAAUACUUCCGGCUCGAGAACAUCAACACUCCAAAAUUACUCGUUAAAAGUGUCAUAGACUACGAUGUUGUGCAGAAAAUCUCAUUGGUUUUACACGUACAGGACACAUUUAAUGGUUCAGCCUCCAAUGAGCCCUUCUUCACAUCCGUGGCCACCAUCACAGUGCAUGUGAAGGAUGUGGAUAACCGGCCACCCUGGUUUCAGCCUUGUGUAAGGACUAAUUUAGGACUUGCCAAGCUGUGUGUGAGCACUGGCUAUCGAGGAAAAGUCAAUCUGACGGAGAAGGAGGAAGGCCCACUGAUACUGGAACCUGGCCCAGUUUUUGCAAAAGAUGGAGACAAGAACAGGAGUGAACAGAUCAGCUACCGGAUUUUAAGAGGGAAUGAAGGAAAUAUAUUCCAGAUAGAUGAAGAAACAGGGAAUAUAAGCAUGACCAAAGCUGUAGAUAUUGUGGGCCCAAUAACUCUCACUGUUCUGGCAUCACAAGUGACCAACAGGGAUCAGUUUGCUGUGACGCAAGUGACCUUUGAUGUGACGAAGAAGAGCAGGAACCCUCCUCAAUUUGAGAAGGAGCGUUACGAGGGCUUUAUCUACAGCAACUCUAUACCUGAGAGCAUGAUCCUCAGGGACCGCAGUAGCAACAGACCCUUCAGGGUCCGAGCGCGAGAUGAGGAUUUUGCCGGUGGUGUGAAUCCAGAUGUAAAAUAUGAGGUGCAGUACAGCAGUUACGUCAAUGUGACCUCAGAUGGUUUUGUGAUACUGAAGAGAGUUGUAAAGACGGAGUCAUUUGCACUACAGCUUAGAGCAGUGGACCCAACAACAGGAGAGUUUGGUACAGCUGCCCUCUCUGUUCAGGUUAUACCUGCCGAUGCCAUGCCGUCCCCGUCAAACGUUGGCUACCGUGCCGGUGACAUGGCACUCCUUGGGCUGGUUAUGGCAGCUUUGCUGGUCCUCUGCUUCACUGUGAUUGGCUUCUUGAUUUCCCGCUUGUGGAAGGGCAACUCCAGCGCGGACAAAAUAUGUGAGUGCUUGGACUCUCUGAAAUCUAAGCAGCCAAAUACUGGCCACAGAGACUCCCUGCAGUACACCAAUGAUGGCUUCCAGAAUGAGGCCGACGUAAGCCGUGGCCGCUGGAAGAACACCCUUCCCAGACGGAGCACCUUCCCCGGGGGCCGAAUCAUGCCCCUGGGGAGACGCAACCGUCACUGCGCCUCCUGUGGUGUCUUCACUAACCACGUCCCCAAAGGGAGUCCCUCGGUAAGACCCUCCAGGAGAGGUCGAGGAGAUGGAGACGAUUACAGCUCAAGGUCCAUCCUGGCCAAGCAGAGGAGGAAGGAGGGGCAGAAGAGUGUGUGGUUCAAGGAACUCGAGGACUCUUCGGACAUUGAGGUGGAGAUUAUCCCGGACACAGUGGGUCAGGUGGAGGAGGAGACACAGGAGGAGCUGGAAGGAGAGCUGGUGAUGGAGGAAGUAGUCAAAGACCCAUGCACAGAGUCUGAAGAUGGACAGGACAGCCACAACACGGAACGCAAAGCUGAGCAGGACCACGGUAGUACCAUCUCAGAAAAGGAGAAGGAAGGAAACGAGCAGGACGGUUGAAAAGAGGUCUGAUUCAAGUCAGUGUCACUUUUGGAUACUUCCUACAGUCAAAGUCUGAACAGUCUAUGAAGUCUAUGAAGACUCAACAUUUGGAUAUCUACAAACCUUAAACUUAAGAUUCAAAGUUUCAAUAGUAUGUACAGUAUUUGCUACUGUGACUCUCUUAGAAUUUAAUGUUCAUGAUGAUUUUAUAGUUAACACAUUGAUUUUAUUAGCAUGAGCUGAAAAAACACCAUUGUUUAUUUCUUAUGCUGACUGCUCAAGACGACAUUUUAAAGCAAUAAUAGCUUAAAGGUCAGUAUUAAUUUGAUUUGUUGAAGUUUUAACAUUUUCAAGUGAACUAAACUGAACUGCAACAUCAGUCACAUAUGGAGAAAACAGACAAUCAGAAUGGUUUUAAGAAAAUAAUGCAUGAUGCAGUUUUAUAGUAGUUAUUGUUGCUGUUAUAUUUGAGGGAAAUGUACACAUGAUUAGUGUUGUUUGAUGUUAAAAAAAAUUUCAAGAUUUUAUUAUUCAAAUCAUGAUAGUUUUGGAUUAAGUUUACAAACAUACAGUAAAUACAUCUGAACAGGGAGCAACUGAGUUUGAGAAAGAAGGAACAUGCAUUUUAUUCAAAGUGAGAAAUAUUCUGGAUUUAAAUUAUUAUAUUUUUGCUUCCAAUGUGCCUUAGAAUUGGGAUGUCUAAUAUAAUUUUAAGAUACUAUAGUACAAAGACACUGGUAAUACAGUGGAUAUGGAAAGUAUUCAGACCCCCUUAAGUUUUUCAUGCUUUGUUAUAUUGCAGCCAUUUUCUAAAAUCAUUUAAGUUCAUUUUCCCCCCCUCAUUGAUGUAGACACAGCACCCCAUAUUGACAGAAAAAAGACAAAAUUGUUGAAAUUUUUGCAGCUUUAUUAAAUAAGAAAAACUGAAAUAUCACACAGCCAUAAGUAUUCAGACCCUUUGCUCAGUAUUUAGUAGAAGCACCCUUUUGAGCUAAUACAGCCAUGAGUCUUUUUGGGAAUAAUGCAACAGGUUUUUCACAUCUGGCUUUGGGGAUCUUUCCUUCGAUUGCAACCAGUCGUCCUGUCCCUGCAGCUGAAAAACACACCCACAGCAUGAUGCUGACACCACCAUGCUUCACUGUUGGGAGAGUAAUAGACAGGUGAUGAGCAGUGCUUGGUUUUCUCCACACAUCCCAAUUAGAAUUAAGGCCAAAAAGUUCUAUCUUGGUCUCAUCAGACCAGAG